AUGGAUCCAUACCAGGUAUUUUUUAUCUUCUUCUUAAUUCUAUUUCAAGAACUACGAUAUAGACAUAUUUAUGCUAAACACAAGCCUACUAUAGAACAUCGUUUUGAGUCAUACUACAGCUACUGUGAUUUUUUUAAUGUUAUAUUGAAUACUGAGGAACCCAUUGAUUUAGAACUACCAAACCAGUGGUUAUGGGAUAUUGUGGAUGAAUUCAUUUAUCAGUUUCAAAAUUUUGUUCAAUUUCGUGGUAAACUGAAUCGAUCAGCUGAUGAAAUCAAAAUGCUCAAAGAGGACUCUAAAGUGAUUCAUGGUGUUUUAAAUGUGCUAUAUUCUCUUGUUGAAAAGUCCAAUAUCACCUACAGGUAAACUGGUUUAGAAGCGUUUAUGGCUGGAGAAGAUCCUGCUUCAGUUGCUGGUAUAUUUGGUUCUCAUUCUCUUUAUAAGAACCUUGGCUAUUUCAGUCUUAUUGGGUUAUUACGACUUCAUUGUCAGUUAGGAGACUAUCACACUGCUCUACAAUCUGUAACUAAUGUACAACUUUCUAAAAAACACAUUGAUGAAGCUGUUAAUUCACAAUUAAAGGAUCGUCGAUUUCUUGAAGACAUGACAAAACUUCAAGAUGGGCGCCCACUGACCAUCAAUGUAACCUUUUCAUGA